AGUCGCUGUCCGUUAGUCAGUGAGCGCGAGCGAGCCGCCAUGUCUGGAUUCGAUGACCCCGGCCUCUUCUACAGUGACAGCUUCGGGGGCGGCGGCGGAGACACACAGCCCGGGGAGGACGGGCACAACAACAAAGCCCAGCUCAAGAAACGCUUCCGGGAAUUCCUCCGGCAGUACCGGGUGGGAACCGACCGCACCGGCUUCACAUUCAAAUACCGAGAUGAGCUGAAGCGCCGCUAUAACCUGGGAGAAUACUGGAUCGAGGUGGAGCUGGAGGAUCUGGCCAGCUUCGAUGAGGAACUGUCAGAGUAUCUACACAAACAGCCCACAGAGCAUCUGCAUCUGUUGGAAGAAGCAGCCCAAGAAGUUGCAGAUGAAGUGACUCGUCCUAGACCUCCUGGUGAAGAGACUGUUCAGGAAAUCCAGGUCAUGCUACGCUCUGAUGCCAACCCUGCCAACAUCCGCAGCCUCAAGUCAGAACAAAUGUCUCACCUUGUGAAGAUCCCAGGGAUUAUCAUUUCUGCUACUGCUGUGAGAGCAAAAGCCACCAAGAUUUCUAUCCAGUGUCGAAGCUGUAGAAAUACGAUCAGCAAUAUAUCUGUGCGACCUGGUUUAGAGGGCUAUGCCAUGCCGCGCAAGUGCAAUUCUGAGCAGACCGGACGCCCCAAGUGUCCGCUAGAUCCUUACUUUAUCAUCCCAGACAGAUGUAAGUGUGUGGACUUCCAGACAUUGAAGCUGCAAGAGUCGCCGGAUGCUGUGCCCCAUGGGGAGCUGCCACGUCAUAUGCAACUGUACUGUGACAGGUACCUUUGUGACAAGGUUGUUCCUGGAAACAGAGUGACUAUUGUUGGUAUUUACUCAAUUCGUAAGAGUGGCAAAACAUCCACCAAAGGAAGAGACCGCGUGGGUGUUGGAAUUCGCAGCUCUUAUAUAAGGGUGGUCGGUAUUCAGGUGGAUACGGAAGGUACAGGGAGAAGUGCAGUCGGUGCUGUAACUCCUCAGGAGGAAGAAGAGUUUCGGCGCUUGGCAUCAAAGCCUCGGAUCUAUGAUACAGUUGCUAAGAGCAUUGCACCCUCCAUAUAUGGAAGCAGUGAUAUUAAAAAAGCUAUUGCCUGCCUGCUGUUUGGUGGGUCCCGCAAGCGGCUUCCUGACGGACUUACACGUAGGGGGGACAUCAACCUUUUGAUGCUGGGAGAUCCCGGCACAGCUAAAUCUCAGCUUCUGAAAUUUGUAGAGAGAUGUUCUCCUAUAGGGGUUUACACCUCAGGGAAGGGGAGCAGUGCAGCUGGUCUAACUGCGUCUGUCAUGCGGGAUCCGGUAUCCCGUAACUUUAUUAUGGAAGGAGGAGCCAUGGUUCUUGCUGAUGGAGGUGUGGUUUGCAUUGACGAGUUUGAUAAGAUGCGUGAGGAUGACAGAGUUGCUAUCCAUGAGGCCAUGGAACAGCAGACUAUCUCAAUUGCCAAGGCUGGCAUCACCACAACCCUGAAUUCACGGUGCUCGGUGCUGGCAGCCGCAAACUCUGUCUAUGGAAGAUGGGAUGAUACAAAAGGAGAGGAGAACAUUGACUUCAUGCCCACCAUCCUCUCACGAUUUGAUAUGAUCUUCAUAGUGAAGGAUGAGCAUAAUGAACAAAGAGACAUGACAUUGGCCAAGCACGUGAUGAAUGUACAUCUGAGUGCACGGACACAGAUGAAUGCUGUGGAGGGUGAAAUAGAGCUUAGUACUCUGAAGAAGUACAUUGCUUAUUGUCGAAUGAAAUGUGGCCCAAGACUUUCAGCGGAGUCGGCAGAGAAACUAAAAAACCGCUAUGUUCUUAUGCGUAGUGGAGCCCGUGAACACGAGCGUGAGAGUGAGAAGAGGUCCAGCAUACCAAUUACUGUCCGACAAUUGGAAGCCAUUGUGAGAAUUGCGGAGUCUCUCAGUAAGAUGAAAUUACAGCCAUUUGCCACAGAGACUGAUGUUGAAGAGGCGCUUCGUCUUUUCCAGGUGUCCACUCUGGAUGCCGCCAUGUCUGGAAGCUUGUCUGGAGUGGAAGGAUUCACUACCCAAGAGGACCAGGAGAUGCUAUCGCGUGUUGAGAAGCAGCUGAAAAGAAGAUUUGCAAUUGGCUCACAAGUGUCUGAGCACAGCAUCAUCCAGGACUUCCUAAAACAGAAAUACCCUGAGCAUGCAAUCCACAAAGUUCUGCAUUUGAUGAUGAGGCGUGGCGAAAUACAGCAUCGUCUGCAGCGUAAAGUUCUCUACCGGAUCAAAUAGUCCAAUGCUCACCAUGGGGAGAUGAGAAACCACCAGCUAAGAACUUGGGAGGCUGCUUGGAUGUAAAAGGACAUGAGCUUCUGCUUUUUCAUACAGAACAAGCUUUUUUUUUUUUUCAACGUUGCCUUCAAAUGCCUUACAUCACACUGUAUUCUGCAGGAUCCAGACUUACUGCCUAAUGUUUAUUAAAUUCUAUUGGUAGCAAUAAAAAAGAAA